CUCAAACAAGCAGAAACAAUGCAUGUCGACAUCCCCAGCGUCCUAGCGGGAUUUGCCUGCCUUGCAAGCGUGGUGUCCGGGUCCGCCCUCCCGCCCGCGUCUGCGGCAGAGAAGCUCCUAGCUUCGUUACAGAAGCAGGCCAUCACGGCUUUGAAGGAGAGGGGAGCAGGUGCAAACGGAUGCACAAUCAAGAAUGCCGCUGUUAGGCGUGAUUGGGCAAAGUUGAGCAAGAAAGACCGCAAGGAGUACAUCCGUGCCGUUCAGUGCCUCCGCAGCGCCCCGGCCAAAGGAGACCCUUCCUUUGCGCCUGGGGCCAAGACCCGCUUUGACGACUUUGUCGCGGUCCACAUCAACAACACCAUGACCAUCCACGGCACCGGAAACUUCCUGACGUGGCACCGGUACAUCACCUGGGCAUACGAGACCGCCCUCCGCGAGGAGUGCGGGUACAAGGGGACCCAGCCCUACUGGAACUGGUUCCACAGCGCCGACGACAUGACCAAGUCGCCCGUCUUUGACGGCUCCGACACCUCGCUGGGCGGCAACGGCGAGUUCAAGGAACACAAUGGUACCGUCGGCGGCGGCGGCGCCAUUUUUAUCCCUUCGGGUGAGGGCGGCGGCUGCGUGACCACGGGUCCGUUUGCCAACUUCUCGGCCAACAUCGGGCCCGUCCGCCCGGGAAUGGAUGGGCUCGAGCCCUCGCCCACCGGAGCGCUGGGAUCGAACCCGCGCUGCCUGUCGAGAGACCUCAGCAACAUCGUCUCGCGCACCUACUUUACGCACGACAACCUACACAACCUGACGGUCGGGCUCGCGUCGAGCUCCAUUGAGCUCAUGCAAACCGAGUUCCAGGGUCGGUUCGGGGAUGGGUUCCUGGGCAUGCACGGCUCGGGCCACUUUGGCGUGGGAGGCGAGGCGAGCGAUCUCUACUCGUCCAUCAACGACCCUUCCUUUUACCUGCACCACUCCAUGGUCGAUUUUGUCUACUGGAUCUGGCAGGCUCUGCACCCGGAGCAGGCCAACGACGUUGCCGGAACCAUCACUAUCAACAACAGCCCGCCCAGCAGGGAUACCAGGAAGGAUGACCUGCUGAGGAUGGGCGUUACGACGCAGGACAGGCCGAUUUCUGAGCUGUUGGAUACCCUGGGCGGCACACCGGGAUGCUAUAUUUUUGAGUAACGGAGAGUUGUUUAUGGUGAUCCGGAUGAUUGAAUGCUAGAGGUUUGACGAAUGUGUGCUUAUAAAAUAAUAUAUUCUUUCCAGUUUCCUUUUGGCAGUCGUAUGUACGUAAUUGAAUUUUGCCCAGAGAGGGUUGAUGAAAUAGAAUUCUAUCAACGCCAACUGCCUAUCUAGUCUAG